CAGAAUGUGUAUGUACAGCUAUCUUUGGCCUUGUUACAGUGAGAUCAUACGACAGAACUGCUUAUCAUUUUAAUCCUCUUCAUGUCAUUAUUAACACUGAGUUACCAUGCUUCAUCCUUAAAUAUAAAGUGACAGCAUUCAAUUUUACUCUUGGCUAUACUGUGGUGUUUCUGCUGCUGUUCUGUGAGCAUCCUGCCUAAGCAUGAUUUCUCACACUCCCUGCAGUGUUCCAUCCAUCAAACCACUUUUAAUUUGUUGUCGGUUUUUAUUGGCCUCCAUACAUUCCUUUAGUGUCUCUGCUUUCUCUGAAGAUGUAUGUUGCCAUUAAGAUUCUUUCCGGACUACAAAAACCCUUUCUUCAAAUGAAUAUACCAAAAAAAGUCUCCAGACUGCUGCAAUAAACUGUAUAUAGAAGACUUCAUUACAGAAUAUUGCAUAGGGGAUUUGUUCAUAUGCAUAAAAAUUGACUUACCAGAUGCACUGUGUCCAUUCAAUACAACAUUGGCUUGGUCUUUUCACAGUUGCAAUGUCAGUACAGACACUUUACAUACUUUUAGAGUGAAAUUUGUCUUUAUCAGUAUGGCAGCAUCCUUGAAAACGUAAGUUCAGAUAUUGAAUGUUCAGUUCAGCCUGCGCACUUUUUUAAAACAUUACAUCACCUGCCAGUUGGCUUCCUACUGUAGGACACUUAUGAUUGGCUGACAUCAUGGUGGGCUCAGCUUCUCCCUUCCUGCCAGCUGUGUCUGUGUGCUGAACUGAGCAACAAUGGCAGGAAAAGUUGACGCAAGUUGCCAGACCACCAGGCCAAGACAUUGUGUGGUUUUAAGGUGGAUUCCAGUACAUCGGGUCUCUGACCUUUGCACAAGGCUAGAUCUUCUUAUCAAUGUUCUUAUUGAAUAUAACAACACUUUGUUUGAACUAAGGCACUGCCAAUCUGCAUGAUAAAAUGUUAGUGCUUCAUAAUACAACAAUCUGAUUUACCUUUUCUGUUUUAUAAACAUAAAUUGUGCCAAGAUGUUCAUACUGUUAAUACAAUAUUCACCAAAGCAGUACACUAAUGACAUGUGUACGAGUCACUUAUGUAAUCUUAGUGGUAAUGGCCAGAUAAGCUUACAUUUAAUACUUGACAUCAAAUAGAAAUAUUUAGAUUAUGUGAGAGUAUAUCCUGGUGUUUUAGAUUAUAAAAUGGUUUAAAAUAAUCCAAUGAUGCUACAAUGCAUAUACUGUGUAAUAUGUGACUCAUAUUAAUAUCUAAACCCAGACCUCAAAGAGCUUAGAAAUCAGUUAAUCCCAGCUGUUGGAAAAAGGGAUACCGGUACUUAAUAUAUGGUAGAUUGCACAACUGUGAACAUUUGUGAGAGUUUCUGGCGCAGGAACAUCAUGAUUGUUAUGCAAUGAAUGUCCUUAAAUAUUAAAAAAGAACAUCUAACUAUUCAUUAUUCAUUUUUCGGCAAAAUCCCAUUGGGUUUAAAUGAUACAGAUACCAGUUUUGACUUGAAGAAUCACUUGUUCUUUUCUCAUAUUAAAUUACCACUGCUUUAAAUUGUUCAGUGGUAUCAGAUACUGUAGUUGUGCAUUAUCAUCUGUUGCGCACGUUUCUUUUUUAACAAUUAACUUUGCUCUGUCCAUCUGUAUGAGAACAUACAGCUGCUCUUCAAUGCAUGAAGCAUCAAAAAGCUUCUGUUUUCAUAUUUUACAAAACAUGCACAUAAUGAACUGUUGUUUACAGUAUUUUAUCAAAGCUUAACACAGGAAUUUCUGCUAAUUAUAAUUGGAGAUAAUGAAGUGCAUCUGCAUCAAAGGCUUCUUUGAAGACAACGCUGAUGUAUAAAUCUUUGUUCCUCCUCAUAUUCCCAUUGUUAUCCACGCUAUUCCUUGAGAGGAUUUUAGUACAGUCUGCACCCUGUCAGGACUGACACCAUCCAAGUCCCGUUAAGUGUUCCAUACCAUCUGUGCCAGACGUGCCGCAGCAGCAUAGAGACGUGCAGACAGAAAGUAUGCAUCUGGAACCCUGAAAGAGACAAACCCUUUGGCAGGACAUGACUUUGUGCAGAGGACUGAUAAGUAGUGUUUACUCUUCAGCUGACGGUGUCCAUAUUGGGAAGACUUUGGUGGCGAAUCCCCAGAGUGACGAGGCAGUCCGCAUGUGUCUGAGGGAGAGGGGCCGCGAUGUGCUGGUUCUCCAGAGAAUAUCGUCACAGCAGCCAGCCCUCUCUGCAUCGGCGAGGGGAGGGGGGAGAGAGGAGGCGAGGAACAGGAGGUUCGUGGUGGUAUCAGGGACCCCAGAGAAGAUCCUGGAGCACUUGCUGACUGACCUGACACUAGAUGAAGACCAGGGGACAUCACAGGGCAAAGAGUCAGAUACACUACUGGAUGAUUUUCUGCUGACCUACCCAGUGUUCAUGUCAACCAGUGAUUUAUGUCAAGCUCUGCUGGGACACUAUUGCACCAAGAGACACAGAGGGAAGGAGGACAGGAAGGAGGCUGUGGAGAGGAAACAGAAAGUCCUGCACCUGGUGUCGCAGUGGAUGGCCCUCUGCAGAGACUUCCUGAGGGACGACGAGCAUGUCAAGCUGUUCAUGAAGACUUUGUAUCGUUACGUGUUGGAUGAUCUCUAUGAGCACCCAUCCCUGGAGAAGGAUGUGCGGGAACUGCAGAAACUGUACCAGCUGCAUCGCACACAUACGGUGGAUAACUAUUCCCCUCAAAGAAAGAGCAAAGCACUUUCCCACCAAUUGAGCCUAAAAGAGAAUGGACUCCAGUCCAGAGGAACACAUAGGGAGUCCAAGGAAGUGCUGUGUCACGUGUACAUAGCCAUGGACUCGUUCCUGAGUAUGAAGGCCCACGUUGGGGUUGUGGCCCAGGAGCUGCUGCAGGCAGUGGCAGAAAGGAUGGAAGUCCCACUCGGCGACCUAGUGCUAGUGGCUGUAACUUACAAUGGGGGAAGGCUCCUGCUGCAGCCUCAGGACAGAGUCUUCUCUGAUGCGUUACGGCCGGUGGGGAGGCUGCAUGUGUGCAGGAAGGACCUGGGUGAAGUCCUGAACCCGUUCACAGACAACUCAGAGCUGCAACAGAGGACAGCACGCAUGCUCACUUUAAACACAUGGGACGUGGCCGUCGCUCUCACCAACUUUGACUGGACCAUCUUUGCCUCAAUACAUGAACAAGAACUGGUCUAUUUCACCUUCAGUCGCCACAGCAGCAGCAACCACACGGUGGCGUUGGAGCUGCUGCUGCAGCGCUGCAAUGAGGUCCAGCUGUGGGUGAUGACCGAGGUGCUGUUGUGCCCAACGCUCUGCAAACGGGUCCAACUCAUCAAGAAGUUCAUCAAGAUCGCUGCUCACUGUAAAGCACAAAGGAACCUCAACUGUUUCUUUGCCAUUAUAAUGGGCCUGAACACUGCAGCUGUUAGCCGCCUCAGUCAGACAUGGGAGAAAAUUCCUGGGAAAUUCAAAAAGCUGUUUACAGAACUGGAGACAGUUACAGAUCCCUCACUGAACCACAAGGCCUACAGGGAUUCUUUCAAGAAGAUGAAGGCUCCAAAGAUCCCCUUCCCUCCUCUGCUACUGAAAGACAUUACGUUUAUUCACGAAGGCAACAAGACGUUUCAUGAUAACCUGGUUAAUUUUGAAAAGCUGCACAUGAUCGCCGACACAGUGCGACUCAUACGGCAGUGUCAGAAAGAUCCCAUGGGUAAUGGCAUUACCCAGAAGAGCAACUCAGAAGUGCGAGCGUACAUCGAUUACCUGCUUAUCAUCGACAAUCAGCAGACUCUGUUUGAACUGUCUCACAGGCUGGAGCCCCGUGCUUAGACAGCAGCUCUCACUGCAUCCCCCGCUGUGUCGGCCACACUGUCGGAUAGCCAAGGAACGAUUUAUCGCUGUCUCAUCUAUCUCUCAGGACUCAGUCAGCAAUCAGAGGGCGCUGCAGGAUGUUGGCCUACCACAGGAGAGAGCUGGUCAAUCAGGAAAGUGUCACCAGAGACGAGACUAAGCAGAAAAAGAUGCAUCUUAGGUUAAAUGCAUAAGUGUUUGCAUAGAUCCACAACAGUGUCAGUGAUCCAAAGCGCCUGAAAGCAGGUCCAGCUGCAAGGCCAGCUGAUCUACUUCAACUAAAGCUGCCUAGAAGAAAACUGUAGGUCUUGAUCCAUGUGUCUAAACCAAACCUGCUGCUGCUAUUUCUUUACAUUCUUACAGGCACAAGUAUGCCGAGCUGUUCGAACAAUGAUACAACAGCUCUCUCUAGUGGAGAAGCAGCAAGCUGCAAUAACAGCACGUUUGAAGAUGGAAGUGCUUCCCAACUGCUAAAAAAACACAGAACAUGAAGGUGCAAACAAAAUAUGUUGAGUCUGACUUAAAGGUCCACUUAGUAGCCUUUCCAAGAGCUUUUAACCCCACAAAUCACAUCAGAAGUGAUUGAGAUGCAGGUUCACUCAUGACACUGGACAUCUUUUUGUAUUUUCACCAUUUAAAGAUCUGGCAGCGGCAGUUUGUUUUAUCUGAGCCAACCAAAGACUUUCCGUCCAAUAUUGUACACACACACUUCUGUUUUCUUCAGACAGGAUCCAGAUGUUAUUUUUGCCAGAUGCAGGUCAUACAUCAGUCAAGAAUCAGCACACUGUAUGCACAACAAGCUGAAUCAGAUUAAGUGAAAAUGAUUGUGAAAUAUUAAACAUUUGCAUAUAUUAUUUUCAUUAUGUAUUUUUACAGAAUUCCCUUACCAUAUAUUUUUUAUUGUUGAACCAGAGUGUAGUACAUGGGGCCAUUCAGAUGCUAUUCGAACAGGGAAUUAGAUAAGAAUAAAAAUUGUAUUUCUUUCAAGUGUGGGAUACGCGUUGAGUCCUGUCUGUGAGAUAUAAUCACGUACAGUAUGUUAUUGCUAAAUACCAUUAAACUGCCUGUUCAAAGUGAUGCAUAAGAUCUCCAUCUAAAUGAGCUGUGGACAAUCAGUCAUAAAUGAAGCAGUAGACUCAUACGGACACGUGUCGGUAUCGGUCUUUAAAGUUCAGGUUAAAACACACAAUAGUGCACAUUGCAACCCAGACAGUGUUUGAUUAGUGGAAGUUUAGGGAUAUCUGUUUUAGCUGUAUGGAACUAAGGGAUUAGCGUUUGAAAAGCUCAGCAACAAUCUUUAAGAAACAUUAAAGACAACCCACAAUAAACAGUUUUCUGUUUUCAUCCAAUGCUACAGAGCUGCAGCUAUCUCUUUUAUCUUCAGUAAAUGAAGGGUUAGAAAUUGUAAAGGAUAAAUAAGUUCCAUUGUGUUUCUGGGUUUAACUGUCAGUCAAGUAAAGAGCAAUAGCAAAACAAAUACUACAGCACCUUCUGGAUAAGAAAAGUAGAAAAAUAGAAGCCAUUUGCUUAUGUACAGUGCAAAUGAAUACUACUGUAGACAACUGUGUGUAGUUAUAGAAAAUACUGUACGCUAUUUAUUCUCUGGAUUGGUCAUCUGAAAAUGACUCUUUCGUCCUGAAGUUAGGCCGUUGUAAGUACGCGCUGUGAAGUGUGUAGAUGGAAUUUCGCAUUAUAAUGUUGAAAUUGUAAUUGUGGGAUUUUAAAAACCGCAGUUACAAUGGGGGGACAAUUGGUUUAGCAGUAUCUAUCUUACUUUGAAUUUCAUUUGAAUCAUCAUUAGUUUGAUUAUGUUUUUACAUAUGUUCAAAUUCUGGAUACAGAUAUUUAUUUAUUUCAGAAUAAGUUAUUUGUUCUAUGGAUAUGACUUUGAUUUUGUGUUUUUUGUACACACCGUUUUGGCUGGUCUGCAUGAUAUGGUAAACCAUGGACUGACCACUGAGUGUGAACUGUGCAUGCAAUAAAAUAUUUUUCCUCA